AUGGAAAAUCCUGGCCCCCAGAAAGCGAAGCAAACGGACAUCGAAAACGGCGAAUUCUUAGCCCUCAGCCUCUCCGACGCCUCGGCUUUAGCCAGCGCCAACUUAUUACCUCCGCUCUCUCCUUCCCCUCCUCCUUCGCAGCCCGCCGUCCUUCCCGCAACGGAGCCUCCGGCUGCCACAAACCACCGCAGCGGAAUCAGGCGAAAUCCAGCGAGGGCGCCGAUGGAGAGGAAGGAGCCCUUGAUUCCGCCGCCGUACCCGUGGGCGGGGACCUCUCGCGCAAAGGUGCGGAGCUUGAAUUACCUCCGCGAGCGCGGCAUCACGGCGAUCCGCGGCGAGGUGGAGUGCAAGAAGUGCGAGGAGAAAUUCUCGGUUGAAUUCGAUCUGGAGGAGAGAUUCGCCGAGAUCUCGGCGUUCGUGGUGGAGAAUCAGGUGCAGUUGCGGCACCGGGCGCCGAGGGAGUGGAUGAAUCCGGAGCUCAAUCGUUGCGAUUUCUGCAAUCGGGAAGGAUGCGUGAAGCCGGUGAUCUCGGCGAAGAAGAGGAGCAUCAAUUGGAUGUUUCUGCUGCUGGGGAAGAUGCUCGGGUGCUGCUCGCUUGAGCAGCUCAAGUAUUUCUGCAAACACACGGAGAAUCAUCGCACCGGCGCAAAGGAUCGGGUGUUGUUCCUCACGUAUCUGAGCUUGUGCAAGCAGAUGGAUUCGAGCGGGCCAUACAACGUCGUUUGAUGAUUUAGUCCUGCAAAAUAAUCUCUGAUUUAGGGUUCCUUUUUUUGCCCCCCUUUUCUUAGGAGGGGAUGGUUUUAGGGUUUUUUAUUUUGAGAUUUAUUUCGUUCUAGCUUUUUAAAUCCUUUAUCGAGUAUAAUAUUAAUGAAUCUGCUGCUGAAA